GCAAAACUUCGUCAGGGUUCAUUGUGCAGCAAAGUUCCUGACACCUCAAGAAAGAUCCAUCCAAGAGGGAGUCUUCUCCUUUAUUCACAUUAAAAAAGAGAUGUUUAAUGGCAUAAUGAUCCUGGAACAGUUUUGUAACCUGAUGCACUAAGUGACAUUGUUGUGUUUGAGUUUGAGCCUUAACCACAUUAUCUGUAUAUUUUUAUUAUACAGAAUUAUACAGAGCCUUGCUCUGUUUUGAACCAUUUCGUAUGGAAGAACUGUGGAGUUUACUGUACAUUUUUUUUUUUAACAUCAAAUUGAUUUUUUAAUUGCAAAUUGUAUCAUGUUAUGUUUCAUAUGUACAUACACCAAAAUGUCAAAAUGAAUGAAAACAGUGACAAAAACUAUUUGUUGGCUAAAUCAUAUAAUCUGUGUAAAAGUUGAUUUAAUGUGAGUCAACAGUUACCAAUCUAGACAUUUGCACUGUAAACAUUUAUUUGGAGACGCGUUUGCGGCCAACUGAUAAAUGCAUUGUCGUUUUAGCUCUGUUUUAUGUCAACAUUUUUGCUGUUGAGAGUAAAUUCAGUUUUUGAUGAUGUUCUCCUGAAACCUGUGAGGGUUAAUGAGGGUUAAUCAGAACAGUGAAUUGUUGGCAUGAAUGUCAAAACAAUGCGCUGAGGGACGCUUAAACACUCAAUAGUGAGUCUCAACUGAAAUGUUUUAAUUCUCACUCUGAACAAAGAAAAAUACAAAAAAUAGAAAAUGGGUAUCAUCUUGUAAUGCAAAUGUGACACAUCUCAACUUCGUUAUGUAACGGGGGUUAUGUGGUACGAGGAAUAUGCUGUACAUCUGCCAAGAUUUCUGGUGAAAGAGCAGAUUAUGCAGAUGGUAGAGAUAUGCUUCAACACUCAUGUACCAACAAGAUCCUGACAGUAUACUGGAAUUUUCCAGUAUAUCGUCAACAUGUUUUCGAUAAAGCUGGAAUGCAUACACUACCUGUAUCAUAUAAGCAGAAAGCAAUGAGUAGGAGGAACAACCGCUACAACAAUAUUUUAACUUAGUUGUUUCUCUCCACACUCUUCAAAGGAGAAAGCCUGGGAGUUAACAGCAGAUCAGGAAAGGUUUCAAAUAGGUUUACAUUUGUACAUUUUUCAAGUGGACUUACCGUUGUGGGCUUUAAAAGAGAUCAGCAGUAAGGUCAGUAUGCAAAUGUUACUUGUUAAUAUAUUACACCUAAAAUAUAUUUAUUUUGGAGUCUGACCGAAACAUUUCACGUCUAAUACAAAUGUUGUACUGAAAUCUCUUUUAUAAGUUUCCUGUAUGUUUUUAUAAAAUGUUAAAUCAGUCAGACAAAACUAAAUGUUAAGUUAAAAAUACUCAUGAACAUGACUGUUUCUGAUUUUGUUUUCCAACACAAAGACUGCAGCUCUCUGUUGCUGUCUGUCCGGAGACAAGAAGAUUUGAAGUUAAAUAUAGAUUUGAGUUGUUUAGAAUAAAGUUCAAAAGUUCACAGUUUUCCAUACUUACAGCUUUCCUGAUGGCAUCCAAUAUCACCACCACCAUCUCCCAGCAGUCCUCCUCUUCGUCUGUUCCUCUGUCCAUCAACGACAUGGUCGGCAUCGCCAUCUUGACCCUGGCCUUUGUGCUGGGCUUCCCUGGGAACCUGUUUGUUGUUUGGACAGUGUUGUGCCGGAUGAAGAUGCGCUCAGUGACCUGUUUGCUGGUGCUGAAUCUGAGUAUGGCGGAUGCUUUCUUGCUGCUCAGCGCCCCUUUUUUCCUGCACUACCUGGCUGGAGGACGAGGCUGGGAGUUUGGCUCGGCAGCAUGCAAGCUGGUGCAUUACCUAUCGAGUGUGAACAUGUACGUGUCCAUCUACCUCAUCUGCCUGAUGAGCAUGGACCGCUGGCUGGCCGUGUCCAGGCCGUUUCAGUUCCAGAAAAUGAGAACCAAGCGCUCCCUCCUGAUUAUUCUGCUUGUUGUCUGGGUGUUAGCGUUGCUCCUGUCACUCCCGAUGCCAUUCUACCGCAGACUGGAGAUGAGGAGUACUUUCCCAAACAAUAUCACUUUGAGCUUCUGCGUGCCGUACCACUGGAAGAGCAAGGGUCAUCGGGUCUUCCAGUACCUGUUUGAAACCAUCAUGAGCUUCCUGCUGCCUUUCUCCCUCAUCAUCACCUGUAACUCCUCCGUCAUCUGUCGUCUGCAGAGUGCCAAGUUCCAGUGCCGAGCAGAAGGCAGCCGCCUCAUCCUGAUGGUCAUCUGUACCUUUGCAGUAUUCUGGCUGCCGUAUCACAUCGUCAACAUCAUAGAGGCUUUCCUGAUGGCAUCCAAUAUCACCACCACCAUCUCCCAGAAGUCCUCCUCUUCGUCUGUGCCUCUGUCCAUCAACGACAUGGUCGGCAUCGCCAUCUUGACCCUGGCCUUUGUGCUGGGCUUCCCUGGGAACCUGUUUGUUGUUUGGACAGUGUUGUGCCUGAUGAAGAAGCGCUCAGUGACCUGUUUGCUGGUGCUGAAUCUGAGUAUGGCGGAUGCUUUCUUGCUGCUCAGCGCCCCUUUUUUCCUGCGCUACCUGGCUGGAGGACGAGGCUGGGAGUUUGGCUCGGCAGCAUGCAAGCUGGUGCAUUACCUAUCGAGUGUGAACAUGUACGUGUCCAUCUACCUCAUCUGCCUGAUGAGCAUGGACCGCUGGCUGGCCGUGUCCAGGCCGUUUCUGUUCCAUACAAUGAGAACCAAGUGCUCCCUCCUGAUUCUUCUGCUUGUUGUCUGGAUGUUAGCGUUGCUCCUGUCAGUCCCGAUGCCUUUCUACCGCAGACUGGAGAUGAGGAGUACUUUCCCAAACAAUAUCACUUUGAGCUUCUGCGUACCGUACCACUGGAAGAGCAAGAGUCAUCGGGUCUUCCAGUACCUGUUUGAAACCAUCGUGGGCUUCCUGCUGCCUUUCUCCCUCAUCAACACCUGUAACUCCUCCGUCAUCUGUCGUCUGCAGAGUGCCAAGUUCCAGCGCCGACCACAAGGCAGCCGCCUCAUCCUGAUGGUCAUCUGUACCUUUGCAGUAUUCUGGCUGCCGUAUCACAUCGUCAACAUCAUAGAGGCUUUCCUGAUGGCAUCCAAUAUCACCACCACCAUCUCCCAGCAGUCCUCCUCUUCGUCUGUUCCUCUGUCCAUCAACCACAUGGUCGGCAUCGCCAUCUUGACCCUGGCCUUUGUGCUGGGCUUCCCUGGGAACCUGUUUGUUGUUUGGACAGUGUUGUGCCGGGUGAAGAAGCGCUCAGUGACCUGUUUGCUGGUGCUGAAUCUGAGUAUGGCGGAUGCUUUCUUGCUGCUCAGCGCCCCUUUUUUCCUGCGCUACCUGGCUGGAGGACGAGGCUGGGAGUUUGGCUCGGCAGCAUGCAAGCUGGUGCAUUACCUAUCGAGUGUGAACAUGUACGUGUCCAUCUACCUCAUCUGCCUGAUGAGCAUGGACCGGUGGCUGGCCGUGUCCAGGCCGUUUCUGUUCCAUACAAUGAGAACCAAGUGCUCCCUCCUGAUUCUUCUGCUUGUUGUCUGGAUGUUAGCGUUGCUCCUGUCAGUCCCGAUGCCUUUCUACCGCAGUAAUCUGAAGAAGACUUUCCCAAACAAUAUCACUUUGAGCUUCUGCGUGCCGUACCACUGGAAGAGCAAGGGUCAUCGGGUCUUCCAGUACCUGUUUGAGACCAUCAUGGCCUGUCUGCUGCCUUUCUCCCUCAUCAACACAUGUUACUCCUCCGUCAUCUGUCGUCUGCAGAGUGCCAAGUUCCAGCGCCGAGCACAAGGCAGCCACCUCAUCCUGAUGGUCAUCUGUACCUUUGCAGUAUUCUGGCUGCCGUAUCACAUCGUCAACAUCAUAGAGGCUUUCCUGAUGGCAUCCAAUAUCACCACCACCAUCUCCCAGCAGUCCUCCUCUUCAUCUGUUCCUCUGUCCAUCAGCCACAUUGUCGGCAUCGCCAUCUUGACCCUGGCCUUUGUUCUGGGCUUCCCUGGGAACCUGUUUGUUGUUUGGACAGUGUUGUGCCGGGUGAAGAAGCGCUCAGUGACCUGUUUGCUGGUGCUGAAUCUGAGUAUGGCGGAUGCUUUCGUGCUGCUCAGCGCCCCAUUGUUCCUGCGCUACCUGGCUGGAGGCCGAGGCUGGGAGUUUGGCUCGGCAGCAUGCAAGCUGGUGCAUUACCUAUCGAGUGUGAACAUGUACGUGUCCAUCUACCUCAUCUGCCUGAUGAGCAUGGACCGCUGGCUGGCCGUGUCCAGGCCGUUUCUGUCCCAGAGGAUGAGAACCAAGCGCUCCCUCCUGAUUCUCCUGCUCGCCGUAUGGGUGUUGGCGUUCCUCAUGUCACUGCCGAUGCCUUUUUACCGCAGUAAUCUGGAGAAGACUCUCCCAAACAAUAUCACUUUGCGCUUCUGCAUGCCGUACCACUGGAGGAGCAAGGGUCACCGGGUCUUCCAGUACCUGUUUGAGACCAUCAUGGCCUGUCUGCUGCCUUUCUCCCUCAUCAACACAUGUUACACCUCCGUCAUCUGUCGUCUGCAGAGUGCCAAGUUCCAGCGCCGAGCACAAGGCAGCCGCCUCAUCCUGAUGAUCAUCUGUACCUUUGCAGUUUUCUGGCUGCCGUAUCACAUCGUCAACAUCAUAGAGGUAGUGGGUCUGUUGCACAACAGUACAUCCACUGUUAAUGCUGCCCUUGCAGCCCGUCCAAAUGUCACAGCGUUUGCUUACUUCAGCAGUGCGAUCAAUCCCAUUCUCUACGUGUUCGCCGGCAGCUCCCACAUCCGCAAGGCCGGCCUCAGCUUCAUGGGAAAGCUCUUCGAGGCCACCAACUCCGAGAGCAGGACCACGUCUACCUUCGCCAGAAGUGGCCGCAUUAGCCGCAGCAGCUCUUCACCGGACGAGAGCUCCGUCCUGAACACGCUCUCGAUUAAACUCGGGAGGCCUUUCAAAAGCAAGCACAAGGACAGGAGUGACAGCGUGGCGGGAAAAGAGGCGGAUGAGCCUGAACUCAGGACUCUGGCCAGCCAACUAAACUGAUACACUGUGUUGACUCAUACAUUGAAUUAUAGGAUGUAUUUCCUUGACAUUUGGUACAAAAAGUAUUUAUGCCUAUAAGAUGAAUCCUAAUGGUUUGGCCAACGUGUUUUUUUAAAUCAAUCAAAUAAAAAUAUAUCUGUGAACAUUUGAUGGAUUGGUGCAUACUUGUGUAUAGACAUUCAUAGUCCCCAGAUGAUGAACCCUAAUGACUUUAGAGAUCCCCUGACUCUUCCUCUAUGCACCGUGAGAAAGGUGUGUUGUUUAAUGAAAUUGACAAAUUGACAAUAAUUGGAUCGAUUGUCAUAAAUGUUGGUACACCCAAUAACCUCAUACUGUAGCACCACUGUACCUUUGUAUGUCCUCACAGUACCUGUGUCCAUUGCUGUGUUGGAGAAAGGAUCGUUUUUUUAAUGAUAGACCAUCACACCAAAAACAUUAUUUUUUGUGUUGCUUUUUUUUUUUUACAAAAUCAAUAGCAUUUGUUUGUAUAUUAACCAUGCCUUAUUUGCAAUACACCCCAAUAAAUGUUUGAUAUAUAUAUACAGUAUAUAUAUAUAUUUUUUUAGAUAUAUGUAAAUUACGACAUAUUUUGGAUGUGUGGAAAAGGCUAUUUUCUUUUACAUUUAAUUUAUAUUUGGUAUUUUCUAACUUAAUAAAGCUUUUUAUAUAUUGAA